AUGGCCUCCGCCAACAUACCCCUUCACUGCAGCAUUUGCCCCAAGCGUCCUAACUUCAGCGAUGUAUCUCAUUUGCUCACCCACAUUGCCAGCAAGGGCCACCUUUCCAAUUACUACAAGAUCAAGGUUCGUUCCGGCAACGAUGACGCUGCACGCCGUCUAGUUGAGUCUUACGACCGAUGGUAUGCCGAAUGGAACGUCGAGGAUCUGAUGUCGGACCGGAUGACACAGAAGGACAAACGCCGCUCGCGGACGAGGCCUGUCGCUCGCCAGACGCCCGCGCCAAAAAUCGAGGCUCCGAUUCCCCGCCCUGCUCGUCCUCGCGCUGCCGUGGGUAAUCUACUCGACCCUCGCCUGUCCGAGCAACAGUUGAUCAAACUCGAGACCGCCGUUACGCCCACGUCGACUCCCCGGCCAGGGCCCGUUCUACGGCAGCGACCGCCUCGCGUAUUUGGUGCUCAUAUGCAGUAUUGGCCCGGCACAGAUUCACGUGCAAGCUCUCGCAGCUAUACGAACGACUACGACACGUCGAGCGAAUAUUCGGACCCAAGCGAGCGCCAUCGAUACCACAACGCAGUCCGUGAGGAUUCGUACGCCAUUGGCGACGAUCCCGCCGAUAUAGGCUCAGCAGACACCAUGGCGGUUAGCGAGAGCACCAAGCUCAAGGGCGUCUAUUGGCCAGGCAUGGACAUAUUCGAUUCGGCCACACCUGAGAUGCGUCGCAAGCGCAACCAGAAGAAGGACAGCUCUGUCGUUGAACAGUUGGAGACCAACUCACAAGAAGUGGAGCCUACUGAGCUCAUCUUCACGCCCACGGGCUCUUUCAAGCGCCAGCGAAGGAUUUCAAGCUCCGUUUACGACGAUGAAGAUGACGAGAUGAUCAAAGCCGAGAGUCCGACGCCCGCGUUGGCGCGACCGGCCCUAGCUGCCCUGGACGUCAACGCGUCCCGCCGGCAGCGCCGCGUUACUCUCGUUCAACAAUCUCAUGUUGGUCGCGGAAGCCACGAGGACGAGCACGCUCGGUCUGACCGCGGGAACAGCUAUGGAGAUCGCGCUCCCAAGCGAAAGCGGAGGUUUGAAGUCUUCCAAGAUGACGAUGUAUCUUUCGGCCAGCCUGCGCCAUUCCAUACUCUCACUGCUGGCUUCCACCAUCAACUUUCCCCAACGCCGGCUCCGACUGUAUCUCCAUAUAAAAAUUACAACCGCCACCCUUUCCAACUCGAACACAGGACUGAGAACAAAGAGAACAUGCCACCUGUGUUCCACCAUGCGUCAGCAUAUGAGAAUCACCACGCCCAUCAACCUGCUGCCUUCCACUACCAGGCCUUCACUUAUGGGCUCACCCAAGAGCAUCCUGCCGUUCAAUACCACAAUCAGCUUUACAUGCCGAUGCAUGGCUACCACCCGAGCCAGGAUGACGACGAUAAUCGCACCCUCACGGCCCCGCCGUCGCCAUCCACAGCUUAA